CUCCGAAGGAUGUUCAAAGCUAUUGUCUGUUUCACUUUGAUUCUAUUGAUUCAUCAAACCUAUGCUCAAACUGCCUGUGCUGCGGAGGCAAAUUUUCAAGGUUGUAAAACAAUUCAAGAGACAAGAUUAGGUACAUGUGGUCCUGCUGAUUAUUCAUGUCAAUGUACAGCUCAUCGAUUAAUUCAAGAAUGUUAUAAUUUAUGCCCUGGUUAUGCCUCUCAAGCUAAUAUUCAUGCUGGUACUGUUGAAAGUAUUUGUGCUGCUGUACCUUCUUCUUCUUCUUCACUUUCCUUACCAAGUGCAUCAUCAUCCAUCUCUUUACAAUCAACACCAUCUAAUGCUGCUGUAGCUUCUCCUUCUGUCUCUUCUCCUUCUACACAACAUUCAGCUGCUGAUUGUUCUUUUGCUUCCAAUUUAUCCUUUACUAUGGUUCUUGUCUUUGGUAUCCUCUUUUGGAUUCAUUCUCAUUAAUGUAUAAACAGUAGUAUAACACAUAGUUAGUCUAUCAUAAUAAUGAUAAUAAUAAUAAUAAAAGAAAAGAAUACAUUCCAAUAAAACUGUAUCAUUAACCCCUUUCAUCUAUCAACUGUAUGCAAUGACCAAUAUUAACCCCUCUAUUUCCA